GCUUAUCGAAUCACUGGCCAGUUGUUUCGUAGAGGCGAAUCAGCAUCCCUGCAAUUGAAUCUCUUGGCGAAGGAGGCGAAACUUUGACCUUUAGAGACAGUUCCAUCCUGUCGAUAACAUGACGUCUGAGGAGCUUGUAUCGUUUUCGAAUGCCACGACAAUAACAAAACAUGGUCCCAACGUGUACGGAGCCAACUUGGUGCCUAGUUGGUGCACUGGCUCAGUUCCAAAUGGUGGCUACGUUGCAUCAGUGAUUCUUCGCGCGGCAUCACUGCACCUUACAGCGCGGGGCCAACCUGACUCAAUCUCAGCACAUUUCGAGUACGUCAACCGCACUGAAAUCGGACCUGCAAUUCUCAUCGUCGAUGAAGUUAAACUCGGCCGCAACCUUUCAACCCUGCACGUCUCGCUCUAUCAGCAUGACCUCCAAUCCUCAGCUCCCUGGUUCACGGCAUCUUCCCGAAAAGAGGUUGUCGCCUACUUGAUCAACAUCCGCUUGACUCUCGAAAAGGGCCUCACGCUAGAGAGUAGCUGGGCGAUGACUCCGCCGGCCAAGUCUGUAGAUUUUGCCCUCCUUCGUCAGGAUAGGGACCCUCACUGGGUGCGGAAGCUCAAGCUGAACGCUCGCGCGACAUCCUACGCCCGCGCUCAUAACAACCUGGAGUACUACGUCCCGCGCGAAAACACUCGGCGUGGCAUCGUAGAUCUCUGGCUACGCCUCAAGGAAGGUCAGAGAUUCACGAAUGCUUCACUCGGCUAUGUCGUGGACGCAUAUCCGACGGUUAUAGAGGCCUGGAGACCGAAGCGUGAUGAAGAGCAGACACCUUUUCGAUCCAAUGAAAUGUUUUGGUAUCCGACGCUUGCUCUGAACUUGGACGUGAAGAAGGCCUUGCCUGAGGAUGGAGCGGAAUGGCUCUUCCUUCGGACAAUGGCAAAAGUUAUCCGAAACGGCAGACUAGAUCUUGAGGUCAUUGUUUUAGAUCAGGGUGGGGAUAUCGUUGCCCUUAGUACACAUGUAAACAUGGUCUUGCCUGCCGAAAGAAAUUUGAAAGAGAGGAGUCACUCGAAAGCAAAGAUAUAGAGCACGCUCUAGACGAAUACAUCCACUCGAUUUACUUCUUGGCUAUCAAAUGCCAAACAUUUCUAAGACCCCAGGGCGUCUAGGUCCUGCACUUUCAGUGGCAAGUGGAUCGAGAAUUCAUCAACCAAUUAUCUUAAUUUACCUUAGCAGUCAGGAGCAACUGGAAGGCACUCGAAAGGAUCGCUUCCACAGAGUUGUUCCCGG